AUGCUUCAUACAGAAACACCCACCAUUAGCAUCUCUUCACAUGGUAUCAGUAUCAGUACAGGAAACAACAGUUCAGUGGGAUCAAAUUCUCUCCUUAAGAAAUAUGAUUUAGCUUCAACAUCUUCUUUGUCUGAUAUUCUAUCAUUUGGCAUAAAUCCAGAUUCGUAUAGAUCAUUCCAUGCUGUUUAUAAUUUGCUUUAUGUUUUCUCGAAUCUGUCAAGAAAUCUCAAUUUCAUCGAGCAUACACACAUUGCUGGUUGGAAAUUGAAUCAAAGAGCAAGGCCCAUCAUUAUUGAUCCCGCCCUUUACUUAUCAAAGAAAUCUGAUUUAGCAUUGACCACUCAACGAAGAACCCUUCCCACGUCUUUUAAACUGUUUACUGGUUCAGCUUGGGUUGUACUGACUCGGUCCUUUGUGGAGUACUGUAUAUGGGGAUGGGAUAACUUUCCACGGACUAUGCUAAUGUACUAUACAAAUUUUGUGUCCUCUCCAGAGGGAUACUUUCACACUGUCAUUUGUAACACUGAGGAAUUCCGUCACACUGCCAUAAGCCAUGAUCUUCACUACAUUGCUUGGGACACUCCCCCAAAGCAGCAUCCCAUCUCCUUAACCAUGAAGGACUUUGACAAAAUGGUUAAAAGCAAGGCACUUUUUGCGCGCAAAUUUGCUAAGGAUGAUCCAGUUCUAGACAAGAUUGACAAGGAACUUCUGGGGCGCACCCACAGAUUUUCACCUGGGGCUUGGUGUGUUGGAACCUCAGAAGGUGGGGCUGACCCUUGUUCCGUUCGUGGCAAUGGUACAAUGUUUAGGCCAGGCCCAGGUGCUGAUAGGCUGAGUGAGCUGCUUCAUGUGCUGUUAUCUAAAGAAUCUCUAAGCAAGCAGUGUUUGUGACAAAGGGGUACCCCAACUCAAUUAGGAUGAAUGAUGUCAAGUGUACAUAAGUGUUGCUAUAGAUCAUAUAUAUCUGAUGUAAAAGGUCAGAAUUUUGUGCUCAAUAUAGGUUCAUACUCACAAUCAACAAGCACUCACAACCA